AGCUCACUACAAACAUCAGCUUAAGUUUUCAAUUUUAAAUUGUCAAUCAAUCAAUUCAAUCUUAGCCAUGGCAUUCAAGUACGUCCUGUUGUCCUUCUGCGCUCUGGUGGGUGUGGCCAGUGCUGGCUUCCUGGCUCCGGCCACCACCUAUGCCGCUGCCUCCAUUCCCGUGGUGGCCAAGGUGGCUCAGCCCCACUACGAUGCCGUGGGAACCACCCAGCAGAAUGUGGUGCGCUCCUUCGGCGGCACUGUGUCCACCUACUCCAAGAACGUGGUUACCCCGUACUCCAGUGUCAGCAAGGUGGACUCCCGCAUCACCAACAAUGUCUACACUCCCAAGACCCUGUACUCCGCACCUGCUCCAGUGAUCACCAAGUCCUUCUACGCUGCUGCUCCUGCUCCCGUCGUGGCUAAGACCGUGUACUCUGCUCCCGUCGCCAAGGCUGUCUAUGCCGCUCCAGCUCCAGUCUACGCCGCUCCAGCUCCAGUCGUGGCCAAGACCGUGUACUCUGCUCCCGUCGCCAAGGCUGUCUAUGCCGCCCCAGCUCCAGUCUACUCCGCUCCAGCUCCAGUCGUGGCCAAGACCGUGUACUCCGCUCCUGCUCCAGUUUACCACGCUCCUGCUCCUCUGGUGGCUGCUGCUCCCGCCGCCUAUGUGAAGUACUCGCCCGCCGCCGUGGUUGCCCACGCCAGCUUCGAUGGAUUCGGAUCCCACUGGGGAUACUAGGUCAGGUCAUCCCAACCUUUGUUGACACUUUGUUGAAUUGUCUGUACGAAAUAAAAUCCGUUUAUAACUGAAUC